AUAUCUUAUGACAGAAAAGAGAAGGAUUUAGAUGUUUAGAUGAAAUACAUUAAUUACCCUUUGGGAAGUUAGAGGAGAUAUAGAGACAGCUUUAUCAAUAUCAUCUAAGUAUGAUCAGGAAUUUAAAUGCUUCAAAGUCACAGUUAUGUCAUCAUCUCAUUGUUGGCAUACCUUUAAAGCCCCCUGACCUUCAGUCUUGUUUUAUUCAAGUAUUGUCAUUCAGAAAUCACUCAGAUCCGGGUUGUAUAAUUAGAACCGACUCUUCUUAAUCUUUUUGGAGAAACCUUUUUAAAUGUACUACUGUGAUGUCUCAGCAAAGGGGAUAGUGUGUAUACUCUGACAUUUUGAGGAGAAAAAGUUAAACGGAUUAACUGGUUAAUGGUGUAACAACAACAAUAAAAUAUAGAUGUGUAGUGACUGGAUUUCCCUGGUUGAGCUGAUUGAUAUAAAAAGAAAGUGAUUGUAUCCUUUACUGACAUCUCCAUUGAGUGGUGACUGCUCCUCGUAAGUGUUCAGUGUGAUACUGAGAGGGGAUUCAUUCAGAAAGCACAUGGGCCUCAAUCCAUGGUCGAGUAGUAAGAGCAUUGCGCUCAAAAUCACACGGCCUCUCACCUCUGGUCGGUGUGGAUUCGAAUCCCGCUCAUGCCGAGAGAAAAGAACAGUGCACUACAGUCAGCCUCUUCAGUAGCUGUAGACCUUGAAUUCCAAGGUCAAGGUCAUUCACCAAGGUCACAUGAGACCAGUGUGUGUUUUUAUACUCGAAGUGCCACCAAGUUAAGGAUAUUGAAGAUGACUGAGCAGCGCAGAACUCAUCUAAAUCGGAGCAUGGAAAAAAGUUUCGAAGAUUUACUGACAGGGCUAGAUGAUGACCUUGAGCCAGAUAUAGAUGACAUCUUCACAAACUAUGAUCAUCUGCCAGAGAAAGUUACUGAUUCCACAUUUAAUGCUAUGGCUUUCCAACACAAGGACACACAUCUUUCCCCAGCAUCUUCACUAGAGAAGGAAUUUCCAAAAAUGGCUGAACCUGCAUCUGAAGAGUCCAAGAAGAAUGAUUUAAAGGACAUCCAGUUCCCAAGAGCAGAGAGAAACACAGAUCCUGGGAUUCAGAGUGAGGAUGAAGAUGAGGAGCUCGAGCUACAUGAAGAACUGCCCGAAGAAUUGGAAUUCGUAUCCUCUCACCGGCAGGAGGAGGAGGAGGGGGAGGUUUAUGAUUCUUCUAAAUUAAUUUUGCCUACUUUUGGGGAGAGCAACACAGAUGAUUCACUUCUUGGGAAUGUGGAGCUAGAGGAAGAUGAAGAGGAUGAAGAAGAGGAAGAAAAAAUGGAGCAUCAGAAACAAACUAUGGAGGGAGAAGAUCAAAAAGAUCUGACAAUGUUUUCGGGUCUGGAUCAUGAUGACUCUGAUCCAGAUAUUGAUAAGUUAGUCGCAGAAUGUGAAUUCUUGCCUGAGACUGUUACUGAUUCUACCAUCAAUGCCAUGGUAGACAGGAAUCGACCUUUAGCUAAAUCAUACCAUCAGAGCCAGGAAUUAGACAAUGAGGAAUCGGAUAGAGACGAAACCAUGGAAAUAGAUGCAACACAGGAAAACAGCCCUCCCCCAGAGGUUCGUAUAAGAAUUCAAAAAGAGGCCAGCUUAGAUUUCUCAGUUCUUGAGCCUGAUAGUAACCAUUUGGAUGUGGAUAUUGGCAAGCACAAGACUAAUCUGAGAAAGCAGGGAUCACUGGCUAAGAGGAGGAAGCCAACUCGCUCUAAUGUCCGGAGUGCUCUCCUGUCUGGGGAGGAAGCAAUGUUCCAGGAUUCUUCAGAACCUAAGAGAGAACCUGCUGACAGUAAAGAAGAUGAGGAUGAUGUGUUUGGUCAGAGGACUUCAACUUCCUCUACUGAAGGAGUACCAACUUCACCCCCAGCCAAAAAACCCAGCAAAGUCAUGGUACCACUGCCAGGGUUCGGGGGCCCCAAGCCUGAACUUAGGAGGCGCUCUGAAGAACAACACCAGGCAGACAUGGCAGUCGAUGAACCCAAAAAGAAAGACUUCCGAAGUUAUGGAGUCAAAUUACCUGUACCUCAAGUAUCUAGAAAAAGUGAAAGCACUGACGAGACCAUUAGCACAGCAGCUCUGAGGAAAGUUCCUAGGAAAGACGAUGCUGAGAAUCAGGAACCAGUUAAACAUUAUAAUGUGUCCUCUCUGAAAUCAGUGAAAAAAGAGAGUAGAGUCUCGAAAACUGAAUCAGAAUCUGACAAAUUCUUUGAAAAGCCAUCUUUACGACAAGUGUCUAGAAGUGAAAAUAAAGAAAGGACUUCGGGUGAAAAUAAAUUUGAGAAACCUGCUUUAAAGACUGUUUCCAGACCAAAUAUGGACAAAUCCAAUGAAGUAGAUGUGAAAUUUGAGAUUCCAGCCUUGAAACAAGUAACAUUAGAGAGAGGUGAAAUCAAUAAAUCUGAUAAAGAAAAUGAAAGUUUGUAUAGCAGGCCAUCUUUGAAAUCCACACCAAAGCCUCCAGAAGAAAAGGCUGCCCCUACUACUCCAAAGAGUCCUGAGGCUAAAACAUUUGAACUGCCCACUUUACGACCAACUCCAAAAGCAAGCAGGAGCAGACAAGAAGAUACUCAACAGGACGCAGUUUCUUUUGAGAAGCCAGCUCUACGAAAUGUUUCAAGACCAUUGGAAAGAAAAGAGUCUGUCGAAACUGGAUCUUUUGAGAAACCUACACUUAGGAAUGUUGGUAAACCUCCAUUGCCAGAGAAACGGAUCUCCAUUGCUGAAGAUGACAGUGAGGACAAGCACAAAUUUGAUGUUCCUGCUUUGAGAAUGGUACCAAGAGAUCAGAAACCUACAGAAACAUUGAGGAAUGUCACAAGAGGAGAAAAAGGUUCAGAAAUUGAGUUAAUUCGAAAACCAUCUUUAAAAUCUACACCUCGUAAAGAGGUUCCUAAGUCGGAGGAGGGCAAGGAAACUCCAGGUUGGCUGAAAAACAUGAAGUUGAGGAAAACUAAAAGUCAAUCAGAAGACAUAAACAAUGUCGAGGAGAGUAAGGAGCAACCUGAGUGGCUGCAGACAGCCAGUGAAAAAAGAGAAAAGGCACUAGAAACACUCAACUCGAAAGAAAACAUUUCAAAAACUAGCUCAGAAAAUAAAGUGCCUUGGUUAAGCCGAGACAAUCUGAAGAAAACAUCCACUCCACUACAAGAAAAUAAUGACAAUUUACAUUCCAAUAACGAGGAGGGCAGACAGAGGCUUAGCUCAGUUGAAAGUAAUGGUGACAUUGACCAUAGAUCAAGGGAAAGAACUCCAUCAAAGAAUGAUGGCCAGAAAGCAAACUAUGUACCAAGUUGGAUGAAAGCCCAGGACAGCCGUCAUAAGUCAAAUCCUAACUUGAAUUUUGUGACUCCAGCAUCUAACUCGGAAGAACUACCAGAUUGGAAGAAAGCACUGGCCGAAAAAAGAAAAUCAAGACGGGACUCAGACAUCAUAGUUAAACCGACAGCCGACAGUGAGAAGGAAAUUCCUCCCUGGAAGCAGGAACUGGCCAAAAAGGGAAUGAAAUCCUCCACCCCUGUCAAACCUUCAUCAGAACAAAGGAAAUCAGAACCCGAGUGGAAACUCAAGGCAGACGAGAAACGACAGAGAAUUAUAAUACAUUUUAAGACAGAUCCAGAUGAUGAAGAACAGAGACUGGACUCUUCGACAAAACCUUAAGGAAAACGUAAAUCAGAGAGGGGUUCAAAGAAAUCAACAAAGUUACAAUAUGUACAUUGACCAGAAUUUAUUUUGUAGCAAUUUGCAUGCAUACAUUAUUUACUAAAGAUUUGCAUAUUAAAUAUGGAAACCUAGGGUAAUGAUAUUUUAAGCAUUCACCAUUUCUGUAUAAUAGUUCCUGGUACCAUUUUAAUAUAUCAUAUCUGUAAAACUGAGAAUGUGAAAUACUUCCUGCUAGAUUUAUAAUUAUAUAGCUAGGGUGAGUGAUUUUUGUGCAGCUGUUUAGAAAUAGAUUGGUAUUACUGUAAAAAGAGGGAACAUGACUGUCGAAAAUAGAUUAUGUUUAUGAACAUGUAGAUGAUGACAGCAGAGAGAUAUUCUUCCUUCCCUCUCAUUAUUUCUGUUUUACUUAUAAGAGUUUUUGAUAUCAUUUAAAAGGGAAUAUACAUAUAUAUCUUUUCGUUUUUAUAGAAAGAUCAAGUUCUGAAUUCAGUCUAUGUAACACACCCAGAUUGCUUUGGCAUUGUUAAUGAAACCAAAUAUUUUCAUGCUUAGCAGAAUUGAUAAGUGUCAAGAUUAGAUAUAAUUUGUAACACACACCUGUAUACUAGAUUCCUGGUAAUCUUGCUUUCUUUCAUCAUUUACAUCAAUGUAAAACAAUGCUAGUAUAUACAAUUUACCUGCUUAUAAUGUUACAUGCAUGGCUAGCCACGGUGUAACAAAAUUCAUAUCAUUGUUGGUAUCAUGUGCUACUAGUAGCUGGACUGUAGCAUGGGAUAUAGAUUGUAAGGAACGGUUUCCAGUUAGUGAACACGUGGGUUGCCUGUAUGUUUCUCUAUGUAUUCUUCUUAAUUCCUGAUAUUACAUCAUUAGUAUAGUUAUCACUGCUGGUUUUACAGUGAAACACAGAUAUAGCAAACCUUCAGGGCCAGCAGAAAGAAAACUUUCAUUAUAUCUAAUACAUUGUACAUUUUUUGCUAUUUUCCUCAUAUAGGGAAAUUUUAAAAUAAGUGUGAAUUCAUUAUAAGCAUGAAUUCAUUAUUUGCAUGUUCAUUAUAAGUGUGUUUUACUCUAUUGUGGAUUUUAUCGAGAGCAUUCCAAUCUCCCGAAAGUAUGUUACAGAAACAAAGUGUUUCGUGAUAAAUGAAAAGUAUCGGAAGUUUAGAAAAUUUUAUUUUAUUUUAAUGAGAAUAAUUCAUGCACUCCAAAAUGUCCAGAUUGUAGAUUUAUAGAUGAUUGUUCAUUUCCUGGUGACGUAAUAUGGGACCAUUAGACAAUGUCCUCUCCCCGUUUUGCUCAAUGUGAUAGAAAGUGUGGUGCAUUUUUUCUUUUUUGUAAAAGACUUGAUUCAAAGAAAAGUUUUAAUACAAAUGUUAUAAUUAAUGUGUUUAUAGCUGUAUAUUUUUAGGAUUUCAUUUAAGACCAUUGUGAGUGCAAGAGCACUUAAAAAGCUUAUCACUUUGUGAUGGUUAUAUUGUCAUGUCUCAAAGUUAUGAUUCAUUUGAUAUAAUAUUAAUAAAGUCGUAUAAAAUUUUUACAGAUA